UCAGACGUGCACGCGCUACGUGCGUCACGGAGCUCGGUGGCAGCAGCAGAGACCCCGCAGCGGCAGUGCCAUGGAGCUCCAGCCCAGUAUCCGAACAGAACCCGAGCCUGGCAUGGUCCAACCCGGCGGCCAGAGAGACGUGUUGUGUGAGCGGGACGAACAGGAGAAGUUGUCCGGUGUUGUGAAACGCGUCCACCGAAAACUGCGGAGGAAAUAUAUCGAAGUGGGCGACUUUGAUAAGAUCUGGCGUGAGCACUGCGAGGACGAGCAGACGCUGAACGAAUAUGCCUUUGCCAUGAAGAGUCUCGCCGACAACCACUGGGCCAAGAAAUGCGACGGAGAGGGACGCAUCGAGUGGUGCCGCAGUGUUUGUCAGGAGUACUUUAUGGAUGGUGGAAUGAAGAAGGUGUUGGAGAAGGAUGCGACGGCUGCGAAACAUGCUGCAGAUGCAAGUGGGACACCUUUAAGUCCAGACUCCUCUCAGCCCAGUUUAAGCUUCCGAAACGACAAGCUGCGUCUACUUGACGUGGGUAGUUGCUUCAAUCCCUUCUUGAAGUUUGACGAGUUCCUCACAGUAGGAAUAGACAUAGUGCCUGCGGUUGAGAGCGUGUACAAAUGUGACUUCCUGAAUCUGCAGCUUCAGCAGCCUUUGCAGCUGGCGAGCGAUGCGCUCAAUGCGUUCUUGCGCCAGCUGCGCGACCCUAUCGAGACACUUCCUGGGCAGCUCUUUCACGUGGUCGUGUUCUCCUUAUUGCUCUCCUACUUCCCCUCACCGUACCAGCGCUGGCUGUGCUGCAAGAAGGCCCACGAGCUCCUGGCGCUGCACGGUCUUCUCCUGAUCAUUACCCCCGACUCGUCACAUCAGGGUCGCCACGCACUCAUGAUGCGCAGUUGGCGCGUAGCCAUCGAGUCCCUGGGUUUCAGGCGCUACAAAUACGUCAAAUUCUCCCACAUGCACAUGCUCGCCUUCCGCAAGGUCUCCAUCACUACCAGCAGCGACCUAGUGAGUCACAACUACCCCGAGAUGCUGUACAUCCCGCAGGAUUUCGGCCUGCUCGAUGAAGAUGACGUGUUCAGGGACUCGUGCCAGCCAGCGCGCUCCGACUCUGAGGACGAGCAUCUGGCGCAGUGUUUCACCGAGCUCCCCGAAACGUCCUAUGACUCGGACUCAGGCGAGAGUCAAAGCGGCUCGGUGCCAUUUCACGAACUGGAGGACCCUGUUCUACUGUACAGCUGAAGCCCAGGCUGUUUUGUCCAGCCUUGCUAGAUCGCAGCCAUGUCGGCAAAUUAACACCAGGCUUUCUUACCCUUAGUGCUUUUUACAAGAAAGCUCCCAGCUCUUUUACUCUCGCUUCUUUUUAUGUGAAAUGACGCAGUUUGCACAGUUUAUGAAAUGAACAUGUGCCAUGGAUAGUUGGGCAGGUCCAUCUCUCCCAUGUUGCUAUGCGACCCCAUGACAGUCAGGCUUCUGAUGUAGAUGAGUGACCAUACAUGCAGGUGCUAACGUGACGUGGGAGAGACACGGCGGAUGUUGAAUUAAGAUAAAGGAUGUUUACACUUAGGUGGUGUUGAGCUUUUUAAUAGGUAAAGAAAACGCACCGUUUUACACGUUUAAACAUAUCCACACAGUGGCGAGUACCGGUUGUAGUUUGGCAGUUAAAACGGGUUGAUCUGGCGAAUAAAGCAGCUGAGCAAGCUCAGGAUUUGUGUGCUGUUAUUCAGUGCAUAUGUGAUUUUGAGACUUUUUCAAAUAGACCUUUUCAAGCAACAAAUAACUUUUUUUUUUUUGUAUCGUAGACUUGCACACUGUCGUUGGCGAAGUUAAGAAUACAGUAGUUUAACUAGUGAUUGUGCAGAAUUUAUUUUUUGAUCAGUUAGCCGCUGUAGAGUGCACUCCUCCUCGUAGAAUUUUACACAAGCAUUUUUUGAAGUGAUAUUUGUAGCAUUUUACGUGUUUAGUAACUCUGUAUUGCGCUUGCUUAUGUGACCCUGAGACCAUGUGUUUUUCUAAAGGUUUGUUGGACAUGGUCCUGUUUAUAAAGUAGUUGUAGUCAUAACUAAAGAAGACUAGAGGAGAGGUAGGUUUGCGGGGUGUUUCGUGUGGUGGUUGUUACUAACUUUUUUUUUUUUAAUUUUGCGAGCGAAAGUGCAAAGAGCAUAUUUUAGCUGUGAACAUAGUUAUAGAAGGUAACGGUAAAAACGUAUAACCAGUAGAUGUAAGCGGUUGAUUCAAUGCACAUGUAGUUAAGAAAAGUUUGUCAUAGCUUUACUGAAUAUUGAAUGUUUUUUUUUCUUUCAAUUUUUAAGGCAAACUCCAAAAUUUUCAAACGUCUUAAGCUGUUUGCGCUGUUAUUGAUUGAUUAUAAAUGAUUUUGCAUGCAUGCAUACAUACACUGAGGAUUUCUUGCUAAAAACAAAUGAAAUACAUUUGAAUAAUAUUUCAAAGCUUUGAAAGUGUUUUUGGUGGAUUUAACCUCAGUGAGGUUUUUCCUCAUAUCACGUUUAUUUGUACGAAGUGCUUUAAGUUCUCUUUGUAUUUCACUGUGAAUAGGCAGUUUCUUUCGCUGCAGCAGUUGCACUUCUUUAAGAACACACUCUUUGGAGACAUUUAAUAAGAGCGCCUUAUUUUUCGCAAGAACGACGACGCAUUGUUUCACAUGCGAAAGUUGUGCAUUAUUCCAAAACGCAUUUUUAUCCCGGCAGGUUCUUUACAUUUAGAACAGUACACAAGGGUACACAAAUAUACGAAAUAUUCAUCUAUCCAGAGUGAGUGAGUCUUAAAGCUUUGAGCGGUUGUGUAUACAAUUGCAGUCUGAACACAUUUUUGAAACACAAGUCACUUUUGAGGGUGCUCGAGAAGCGCACACUGGAAGACCGGUUCUGUCUUUUUAAUACAGAAUCUGUUAGAAAAAUUGGUGCCUUUUUAUCCUGAACUGCAUUUUUACGACUAAAAAAAACUGGAAUAAAGGACAAAAUAAUGUGGUUUGCUGCAUGAUGGACAAAUCCUGGAAUUGGACAGAAGCCAAAUUCUGAAGCGUUUAAAGAAAUGACUGGCUCUUAAACAGAUCUGGUGAUUAUCACCACGUAAUACUGUCACUUUAAUUGCAUUAGCAAUAGUAUUACAGGCUUUAAGCAUGCUCUUGGUUCAUUAGACUAUUGGAUGUUUUACUACAAAGAUGUGUUUGUGCUCUUGUGUGAGGUGGUACGUUUGUCCUUUUUCUUGGUCCUGUGUGCAUGAAUAGUUUCUCUUUAGUGUUGGAGUUCAGGAUUGUCAGUGUGGUUUUUAUUGUUUGUGGGUUUUUUGGGGUUUUUGUUUAUUUGUAUUUUAGCAACCUGCUCCUUUAUAAACGAGUUGUGUUGCUUACACAUGCAAAAUGUUAAUAAAAAAAAGACAUCUGA